AUGACGCAACUAGAGACUCCAAUCAACUUCGACGCAAGGCACCGAUGGUUCCACAGACCUGACUUCUUAAGACAGUUAGAUGAGGAGUGGCCCACAGAAGUCAAGUCAGUGCGUGAGAAAACUGGCGAGAAUAUAAUAUGUCAUGAACAGAAGACCCACUACGAAUACUUACCCGAUAUGAACAACAUUGCUAAAUGGCAAGUGCUUAUGUGCACUACGGGACGUGUGCUACAAUUUACAUAUACGUGUCCAAAAGGCAUAUUACGGCAGCAGCGAAAUGCAAGCGCGCACGGAAGAACGUCCAUAAAGAUCCCGUUUUAA